CCCUUCUUCCUCUCACUUCAUUCAUUCACUCCUUCCUAAUAACACACUUCUCUUCAUCUUUUUUUUUCAAUCUAUCAAACUAACAAAAACCAUAAUGCCAACACCAACCCCAAAUGGAGGAGAGUUCAAUCUCCCUCCCAAACACACCCCUCAACAAUCCCGUGAUAUCCCUCCUUUUUUCUCUUCUUCUUAUCCCAUCACCCUUAAGUUCAUGGACGUCGAAUACCGCUUGAAGAUAGAGGACAAAAAAAAGACCCCAGGGACCAUCAAGACCUUCUUCACUCCCUGUGAAUCAUCGCCAUCUCAUCAAGGAUCAAGCCCAGCCCUGCCGCAGGAGCGACUUAUUUUGAAAGGUAUCACGGGAAUAGCACACCCCGGGGAGAUCUUAGCGGUACUAGGCCCAUCGGGAAGCGGAAAAUCCACGCUCUUAAACGCGCUCGCAGGGAGGCUCCAUGGGAACGCUCUCACCGGAACAAUCCUCGCCAACUCCACCAAACUCAACAAAUCGGUUCUUCGGAGAACUGGGUUCGUUACACAGGACGACAUCCUCUACCCGCAUCUCACUGUUCGGGAGACGCUAGUGUUCUGUGCUAUGCUGCGCCUCCCUCGCACGCUGUCGCGCGCGGCCAAGGUCGCGGCGGCGGAGUCGGCCAUCGCGGAGCUGGGGCUGAGGAAGUGCGAGCACACGAUAAUAGGAAACAGCUUCAUCCGCGGCGUCUCCGGCGGGGAGAGGAAGCGCGUGAGCAUCGCGCACGAGAUGCUGGUGGACCCCUCGCUGCUGAUACUGGACGAGCCCACCUCCGGUCUGGACUCGACGGCGGCACACCGCCUCGUGGUGACGCUUGGGUCACUGGCGAAGAAGGGCAAAAGUGUAAUCACAUCAGUGCACCAACCUUCCAGCCGCGUGUACCAGAUGUUUGAUAAAGUUGUGUUGCUAUCUGAAGGACAGUGUUUGUACUUCGGCAAAGGAAGCGACGCCAUGCGGUACUUUCAGUCGGUUGGUUUCGCGCCGUCAUUUCCGAUGAAUCCGGCCGAUUUUCUGCUCGAUCUCGCCAACGGUGUUAGCCACGUCGAUGGUCAAAGUGAAAAAGAUAGACCAAACAUAAAACAAAACCUAAUCCAUUCAUACAACACAAUACUGGGUCCCAAGGUAAAAGCUGCCUGCAUGGACACUGCUAGUGUUCCUACAAAAAGCACAAAUCCUUUGAGAAGCAGCUGUUCGAAAGAAUGUAGACGUAGCAACAGGGUUAGCUUCUUUGAUUGGUUUUACCAAUUCAGUGUCCUAUUCCAGAGGAGCCUCAAAGAAAGAAAACACGAAUCCUUCAACACUCUGAGAGUCUCUCAAGUUAUUGCUGCAGCACUAUUAGCUGGUCUAAUGUGGUGGCAUUCAGAUUACAGGAACAUUCAAGAUAGGCUUGGCCUACUCUUCUUCAUUUCCAUCUUCUGGGGAGUCUUCCCGUCUUUUAACUCAGUAUUUGCAUUCCCUCAAGAACGUGCCAUCUUUAUGAAAGAGCGAGCUUCUGGCAUGUACAAGUUGUCCUCCUAUUUCAUGGCUCGAAUUGUUGGAGACCUGCCCAUGGAGCUUAUCCUUCCCACGAUUUUCCUUGUUAUUACAUAUUGGAUGGGUGGAUUAAAGCCAGAUUUUUGGGCUUUUGUGUUGACUUUGUUGGUUGUGCUUGGAUACGUGAUGGUGUCACAGGGUCUUGGACUUGCUUUAGGUGCAGCAAUAAUGGAUGCCAAACAGGCUUCCACAGUGGCAGCAGUGACAAUGCUUGCAUUUGUGUUGACCGGUGGAUACUAUGUCCAUCAGGUGCCAUCCUGCAUGGCUUGGAUCAAAUAUAUAUCCACAACCUUCUACUGUUAUAGGCUGCUGACUAGAAUCCAAUAUGAGGAUGGCAAGAAGAUAUCUUAUCUAUUAGGCUGCGAUCACGGUGAUAAGGGUGGCUGCAGGUUUGUUGAAGAGGAUGUGGUGGACCAAAUUGGCACUCUGGGCUGCAUUGGGGUGCUGCUUUUCAUGUUUGUGUUCUACAGAUUAUUGGCUUACCUUGCAUUGAGGCGCAUCAAGAGUUGAAAAUUUCUGAUUUGGUUCUUUUGGGAAAGCUUGAAUUAAUGCAGAGAAGGAUGGAUCAAUUUGUUGACUCCUAGUGCAGCAGUGACCACUUUUACACCGGGCCAGUCUGGCUAGUUGAUUCGUACUAACUGUAAUAUGAAUGAGAGAUUUUCUGUUGUAAUUGUAAAGUUAGAGAAUCAAUUAACAAGCAACAUUGAAGUGAAAGAGAGAAAAGAAGUGUAAUUGUAGAUUUGGAUUUCAAAUGGCUCUCUAAGUUCAUUCUGUAUUCGGAAUGUUAAGGAAGAAA